GCCUUGGGCGCUGAGGCGAGAGCUGGCUCAGCAAAUGCAGAGAGGACCCACAGUACCUGGGCAGGUACAGAUCCUGAGACCUGUGGACACAUCUAUAGGUGGUUCCCCCUGAUUAUUACAGAGAAACAAACUGAAAUCUGAGACCUCAGGUCCCAGAUAAACUCUAAGCUUCUGAAAGAGGCAAUGGCUGUGGCCCUGGGUUGUGCAAUCCAGGCCUCCUUGAAUCAGGGCUCUGUGCUGCAAGAGUAUGACACUGACUGCGAGGUGUUCCGCCAACGCUUCAGGCAGUUCCAGUACACAGAGGCGGCCGGGCCUCAUGAAGCUUUCAACAAACUCUGGGAGCUUUGCUGUCAGUGGCUGAAGCCAAAGAUGCGUUCUAAGGAGCAAAUCCUGGAGCUGCUGGUGUUGGAGCAAUUCCUAACCAUACUGCCCACGGAGAUGGAGACCUGGGUGAGGGAACAUUGCCCAGAGAAUAGAGAAAGAGUUGUGUCACUGAUAGAAGAUUUACAGAGAGAACUUGAGAUACCAGAGCAGCAGGUCGACAUGCAUGACAUGCUCUUGGAAGAACUGGCUCCAGUAGGAACAGUACCCAUGCCACCAAACAUGCACCUGGAGACGUCUGCACUCCAGGGAAUGGGACCUGUCCAGGAGGCCCCAGUGACAGAGGCCUGGAUCCCACAGGCAGGGCCUCAGGAGCUGAACUAUGGUGCCGCUGGGGAAUGCCAGCCCUUUCUGGAUCCUGGAUAUCCAUUACCAAAGCUUGAUGUGACCUUCCCACUGGAGCAUAGAGAAGAGCCAUGGGUGAAAGAAUUACAGGAUUCCAAAGAAAUGAAACAAUUACUUGAUUCUAAGAUAGGUUUUGAGAUUGGUUUAGAAAACGAAGAAGAUGCUUCAAAACAGAAAAAAAUGGAGAAUAUGUAUCCAUUUGUUGUAACGUUAGAGGGGAAUGCUCUACAUGGUCCCAUUUUGCAAAAAGACUAUGUACAGUUAGAAAAUCAGUGGGAACCGCCCCCAGAGGACUUACAGACAGAUUUAGCAAAACUUGUAGAACAUCAGAACCCCACUCUAGGAGAGACACCUGAGAGUUCCAACCUGGAAGAACCUCUCAACCCUAGGCCCCAAAAGAAAAAGAGUCCAGGAGAGAAACCUCACCGAUGUCCUCAGUGUGGAAAAUGUUUUGCUCGAAAGUCACAACUUACUGGACACCAGAGAAUUCAUUCAGGAGAGGAACCUCACAAAUGUCCUGAAUGUGGCAAAAGAUUCCUUCGUAGUUCAGACCUUUAUAGACACCAACGACUUCAUACAGGGGAGAGACCCUAUGAAUGCACUGUAUGUAAGAAACGGUUCACUCGGCGGUCACACCUUAUUGGGCACCAGAGAACCCAUUCCGAAGAAGAAACAUAUAAAUGCCUGGAGUGUGGAAAAAGUUUUUGUCAUGGAUCGAGUCUUAAAAGACAUCUGAAAACUCACACAGGUGAAAAACCUCAUAGAUGUCAUAGUUGUGGGAAGAGUUUCAGUCGACUGACAGCACUUACUUUGCACCAGAGAACACAUACUGAAGAGAGACCUUUUAAAUGUAAUUAUUGUGGGAAAAGCUUUAGACAGAGACCAAGCCUCGUUAUUCAUUUAAGAAUCCAUACAGGGGAGAAGCCAUACAAGUGUAGUCAUUGUUCUAAAAGCUUCAGACAGAGAGCAGGCCUUAUUAUGCACCAAGUUACUCACUUUAGAGGACUUCUUUAAGAAUUGUUAAGGGAAACAGGUCCUACAGAGAUUAGUAUUAGCUCAAAAAAUAACAUGCAGCAGCCUGUUUGUCUUGGAAGAACCUCUUCUAACUUACAAGAACAGCAUUUUUGCAGGGGAAGGCUAUGUUUAAACUCAUCUUCCAAGGCAUAUGAGUUCUAGAGUAUCCACCUUUUCUUGCAGCUAUCCUAGAUUUGAUUUAUUCUGUCUCCACAACUCUUUUUUAUUAAAAUGGAAAACUGUGUUCCAAGACAACCAUAUCAUAAAUAUAAGCAUAUAAAGGAUGACUGUCCUUUUAGAGGUAGGGUCAAUAUAAUGGAUAACCAUGUCUAGCUGACAUAUCUAUAAUAGAAUACUUAUUCUGCUGUGUAAUUAUUAAGGGUGACUACAUGAGCUCAGAGCCUUAGAUGUGCCCCAGGUGGCAAGAAAAGAGACAAUGGAUUUUGUCAAACAAUAAAAUGUGUAAGGAACAUAAGGAUGAAGGGUGAUAUCAUUUGCCUGGUAAAAAUUGGGUUAUUUCCAUUGAAAUUUUUGCAUUUAAGGAAAUUAAGAUUGUAACCUUUACUUUUGAAUUUGCCAAGUUUGGUCUGCUUAGUUGGAAGUCUGUGGUGAUGGUGCUUAGAGAGGAUUAUCGAUUUGGUAAUUAAGCUCUAAAUCUGGAAAAAUCCAUUUGACAGUUGAAGUUGUACAAAUAGAACCUAAUUUAAUUUCAGUUGACUAGAGAACCAGUAUCAAUGCAUUUUCACCCUCAUUUGAUAUUUGUUUAUGUGUCUUUAUGUGCUUUUGAAAUUUUACCCAUGUUUUAAAUUCAGUAUCUCCAUAACUGUGUCAUGGCACACUUAGUUCUGCAAGAUGUUCUGCAAAUGUUUGGAAACUGCUUCCUGCUGUUGUUCCUUCCUAGAUUCAUAAUGUACAUCAGUGUAUGAGAAUCUAAGAGAGGUCCUCUACUAAAGGAGGGUAAAGCACUUCUUUGGGCUUAAUGUUUUCCAAACUUAUUGACCCCAGAACCUUUUUCAUAUGCACCUAGUAAUAACUUAUGGAACUAGUAUUCUGCAAAUAUCCCUUGGAACACACUGCCUUAAAUAAAUAUUUCUGUAGCUAUCAGUGUAGUCCUGUUGCUCCCAAGCUAGUUAUCUCCAGUUAUUUCAAGGGUAUUGUGAAAAUUUCUUCAAAGAUAUACAUCUUUUGUAUAAUAUACAAAAUGCAUCAUUUUAAGGAGGUGGGGAUCACUAAUUCAGAUAAUUUAUUUGCCCGGUGAUUCUGAACCUCUUUGAAUUUUAUUCAUAAUUACACACACACACACACACACACACACACACACACAUCAUAUUAAGGAAUUGAGGAUCACUCAUUCAGAAAAAAAAUGUAAAUUUCCCAGUGAUUCUCAACCUCCUUGAAUUUUACUUAUAAUCUUAUAAAUACACACACACACACACAUCAUAUUAAGGAAUUGAGGAUCACUCAUUCAGAAAAAAAUGUAAAUUUCCCAGUGAUUCUCAACCUCCUUGAAUUUUACUUAUAAUCUUAUAAAUACACACACACACACACAUCAUAUUAAGGAAUUGAGGAUCACUCAUUCAGAAAAAAAUGUAAAUUUCCCAGUGAUUCUCAACCUCCUUGAAUUUUACUUAUAAUCUUAUAAAUACACACACACACACACACACACACACACACACACACACAGUUACUACUUGUAUAAACAUUCUCAUAUAAUCAUGGUAACAACUCCAGUUCUCAUGAGGGAAGAAGUCUUAUCAGUAAAAGCUGUUAUUAUGUGAAAACAUUCAUUGAGCCUAAUUCCUUGUUAUAAGAUAACAAGAAAUAGGACAUUCAAGCAUUUUUCCUUUAUGAAGAUACCCAGUCAUCCUUUUCCUUAAACCACAACUAGGGAAAGUGUAUCUCUUCUAUUGCAUUAAAAUUCUUGGAAGUGAUAAAUAAGUAUUUUGGGGGUAUCUACUAUGUGCCUAACUAGUCCUAGGCUUAAUGGAAGCUAGUAAAGAAAUAUAAUUCACGGAUCAGGCUCAUAAAGAGUUUAUAAUAUCUGUAGUUAAACAAGAGUUGGGAAACAAAUGGACAACAAUGCAAGAGAGUUUAUAAUUAAGUGCCAAAUCAUAUCAAGUGCCAGAGCCAGGAUGUGUCUUUAAUUCUUAACAUCCAGGUCCCUGUAUGAUGCUGCUAUAAGUCUGGGGUUAAAUUGAAAUCCCAAUAGCAAUAAAUAUGUAACUUGGGAGGAGUCUGAAUGUAGAGAUGAAAAAUGCAGAAUGUAAUGGCUUCUCUUUUCUCUCUUGUGGAAUUGCAUUCAAACCAGAACAGUGCCUUAGAAUGGAUGUGCCCAACUGCUCUGUAUUUAUACAAUAUUUUAAUAAAGUGGAAAUGUAUAUGCUCUUCCUGCUUCUCUUGCAUUAAGUAAUUUUUUGAACAACUUAGAGCUGCUUUCCUGAAUAGUGGCAACAAGCACCACAAUUGAUUACUAUCCCCAUCCCAAGCUGGAUUCAUUUUUCUGUGUGCAAACAUAGUGCUGUGAUUAUGCAUUGUUUUUAGCAUUUAAUACAGUAAAUUUUAGCUGGUAGGCUUAGUUGCAAUCAUACUAUGAUACGCCUCCUUCCCCUCAUAUAUAUCUGAAAUGUAUAUUACUACAUUUUUACAGGGUACAGAACACUUUGAACAUCUCUUUGUUCUAGUGCCUUGUUUACAGUAAACAUUAGUAUUUGGGACAUUGAAUUGAGAAGCAUGAGAAAUAAUUCUUGGAAACAGAUUACACAGUUAGAUGUGUUUAAUUAGGGCAUAUACAGUACCUACCUCCUAACUGUUAUGAAGGACAAAAACCAGUACCCACUUCAUAAGUACUAUGAAGAUUAAAGGCAAUAUAUUUUGUUCAAGUCUUAGAGUAUAAGCUUUUAAUAAAUAUUCAGCAUGUUGUAUUUGCAUUGUUUGUUGUUUAAUAAUAAAAG